GACGUAGUCUCUCUCAUCUGUGGUCUGAUCUUUACUGUCAAAGAAAAAUUUUAUAAACACACUUCCUUAAAUAUUAAUUAUAUAGUCUUUGAUUUAAUUUCAUUAUAAUUCUGUUUAUCUAUCUAUAUAGAAAACUAAGAACUAAAUGAGAUUCAAAUAAGCAAAAAUGACAAUACAUAAUUUAUAUAUUUUUGAUCGAUAUGGAACCCUCUUAUAUUAUGGUGAAUGGAAUAGAACAAAACAAUCCGGAAUGUCUAGAGAAGAGGAAUGCAAGCUCAUGUAUGGAAUGUUAUUUUCAAUAAAAUCAUUUGUUGCAAAAAUAUCACCACUAGACCCCAAAGAUGGUUUUUUACAUUACAAAACAUCAAAAUACACUCUGCACUGUCUAGAAACACCGUCAGGAUUAAAGUUUGUCAUGAACACAGACAACCAAGCUCAAGGAGUCCGGGAACUACUCAAAAAAAUCUAUGCAGAAAUAUAUGUAAAGUAUGCAGUUAGGAAUCCUCUCUGUGGUAUUGGAGAGCCAAUAAAUAGUGAAUUGUUCAAGAAUAAACUGGAUGCAUUUAUAAAACAAACUCCAAUACAUGCAGUCAGGGCAUCCUGAUAAGUAGUCAAGUUGCACUGAAUAUGUGCAAUUUUUUUAAUUAAAUGCAACAAUUUUAUAUAUUAUAUGGCAUGUCUUUAUUUUGUAUAAAUACAUAUACUUAUUAAUCUAUAUUCAUCUUUUAUGGAUGAUUAUAAAUAGAGGAUUUAUAAAGAGGCAGUAUACCAAGUUAUUAUAAAAUAAUAUUGCAGUUAAUUUAUAUAGUAAAUAAUUGUAUAAAUGAUAUGUAUAGUAAAAUGUUAAGAAUUUAAGAAUAUGAUAUUAACAUAUUAUUUAUUUAGCUUUUACAUUGUCUUAAGACAUAUUUUAGUAAUUAUUUUAUUUUAAGUACCUAGUACAUCCCUAAGUCUUGUAUGCUAAUAAAGUAAACAAUAUUUCCAACUCAA